ACACAUUGAGAACUGGACUGGUCUGGAUAUUUUGAGGGAUGUGGAUAUGGAGCUCUACACCGGCUUACAGAGGCUAACCAUUACGAGGAGCAGCCUGCGUACGAUCCAGCCUCGUGUUUUCUCGAAGAAUCCCCACUUGCGCUACAUAAACCUGUCCAAGAACCCCAUGCUGACCACAUUCUCCUGGCAGGUCUUUGAACAUCUGCAGCUCCUGGAACUUCAUUUAGAAGAUGUGGUGUUUGAAUGUGGCUGUGAGAUCCGCUGGCUGCAGCUAUGGCAACAGAGGGGAGAGGCGGGGCUAAGCAGCCAGCAGUUAUACUGUGCUGUUGGCCUCAGGAAGAUACUGCUGCAGGAUCUGAACAUUAGUAACUGCGACCUGCCAGAUAUUAGCGUCAGCCACAGCAACCUCACAGUUAUCGAGGGUGAUCGAGUAACAGCCACUUGCAACGGCUCUGGAUCCCCUUUACCUGAGGUGGACUGGCCUGUUAACGGCUUGCGCACCUCUGAUUCACAAGACGCCAAAGUCUAUGGCAACAACACCAUUCAUUCCAUCAACAUCACUUUGGUCAAUGUGAGCAGAGACGACAACAACUUCCUGUUGACCUGCACCGCCACCAACAUCGUGGGCAUGACCAACGCUUCCAUCCAGCUCACUGUUCACUUUCCUCCCUCCAUUGUGAAGCUGAACGAGCCAGAGCGCCGCCAUGACACAUGCAUAGAGUUCACCGUCAGAGGUUCACCCCACCCAACCUUACGAUGGUUCUACAAGGAUAAGGAAAUUUCACACACUGAGUAUGUGCGUCCUGAUAUGGAUAUUUACCAGGACUACAUAGAGGGCUGCCUUACAUUCAAAAACCCAACACACCACAACAAUGGCAACUACACUCUGGAGGCCACCAACUACCUGGGUGUGGCCACCAGCACUGUGUAUGGACACUUCCUCAACAAGCCCUUUGAUGCUGAUGAUAUGUCCAUGUUCACCCCGACUGCAGAGACUCACAAACCAGAGGAUGAAACUUUUGGGGUCUCCAUAGCGGUUGGACUAGCAGGGUUUGCCUGUGUGAUGCUGGUGGUUCUCUUUCUUCUUAUCAACAAGUAUGGACGACGCUCCAAGUUUGGCAUGAAAGGUCCAGUAGCAGUGAUAAGUGGCGAGGAAGACUCUGCUAGCCCCCUUCAUCAUGUGAACCAUGGGAUUAUCAGCCCCUGCACACUGGACACUGGGCCGGAUGCUGUGGUAAUUGGAAUGACCAGAAUCCCCGUCAUAGAGAACCCACAGUACUUUAGACAUGGACACAACUGUAACAAACCCACCACCUAUGUUCAGCAUAUUAAACGGAGGGACAUUAUUUUGAAGAGGGAGCUUGGAGAGGGAGCCUUUGGCAAGGUCUUCCUGGCUGAAUGUUACAAUCUGAGCCCCACCAAGGACAAGAUGCUUGUGGCUGUAAAGACUCUGAAGGACCCCACUCUUGCAGCCAGGAAGGAUUUCCAGCGUGAGGCUGAGUUGCUGACCAACCUCCAGCACGAGCACAUAGUGAAGUUUUAUGGCGUGUGUGUGGACGGAGACCCUCUCAUCAUGGUCUUUGAGUACAUGAAACACGGCGAUCUCAAUAAGUUUCUCAGAGCCCACGGGCCAGACGCCAUGAUCCUGGUUGAUGGACAGCCUCUGCAGACCAAUGGGGAGCUGGGUCUGUCCCAGAUGCUUCAUAUAGCCAGUCAGAUUGCGGCUGGGAUGAUCUACUUGGCAUCUCAACACUUUGUUCACCGUGAUCUGGCUACCAGGAACUGCCUAGUGGGGAAUGGCCUCCUGGUGAAAAUAGGAGACUUUGGCAUGUCACGUGACAUAUACAGCACAGAUUAUUACAGGGUGGGAGGUCACACCAUGCUGCCUAUCCGCUGGAUGCCCCCAGAGAGCAUCAUGUACAGGAAGUUCACCACAGAGAGCGACGUGUGGAGCUUCGGAGUCAUUCUAUGGGAGAUCUUCACUUACGGCAAACAGCCAUGGUUCCAGCUGGCCAAUAAUGAGGUGAUAGAGUGUAUAACUCAGGGUAGGGUACUGGAGCGCCCCAGGCUCUGUCCCAAGGAAGUAUAUGAUAUGAUGCUGGGCUGCUGGCAGAGAGAGCCACAACAGCGCCUCAAUAUAAAGGACAUUCAGAAGAUGUUGUUUACUUUGAUGAAAGCCACGCCAGUCUAUCUGGACAUACUGGGAUAGAAACUUUACAGAAUGGAGAGGAAUGGGAUGUGUUUUAGGUUGGACUAAAUCAUCACUGAAAGGGAUUGCCUUGGAGUGGAAGUCUAGCCUGGAUUUACAUGGUCUGGAAUGGAAUAUGAGCAUUGGGAUUAGGAAUGGACCAUACCUUGCAUCCAACUGCCUGACAAAUAAGGAUUGGAUUGAACAUUGUAGUGGUGUGAUGCUUGUUUAACAGGAUUGGAAUGAACUGGAUUACAUUGCAUUGUAUCGCAUUAUAAUCAAAGCAAUUGUCUUGGACCUUACCUACAUAAAUGGUCUGAUCUGUGGUCUUGUCUUGCUCCUUUUCAAAUGAACUCAUGAUGAAAAAGACUUGACCAUGAAGUAUGGAUUACGACUGGAUUUACCUGUUUGUACUGGUAGGGUUUGGGUUAGUUUGGUUUUCUUACCCCAGUAAUUAAGGUACCAUCAUUCACUUUCCUAUGCAUACUCAUUUCACCUUGUCUAGAAUGGUGCAGCUUUGGUUGGCUAUCCAGGUAUUGAAGAAGCCUGAUGUAGCCUGGUAGAGUCUGUCUUGGUUUGGCCACAUAGACAAAUAU